UCAAAAAGGAAAAUUAAAUUAAAAAGUUAACUAAAAUCUUAUUAUGAAAAUAGGAAAUACAUUAUUAAUAUCAAUCAUAUAUAAUAUUUUUAGUUUAUUAAAUGUAUUUAUGUAGUCAACCAUCGUAAAAAUUAACGUGAACGUGACAUAUAAAAACUAAUUUUUCAAAUAAUAUUAUAGAAAUGUCACGGUUGGAGUUGCCUAUGCAUGGUAUAAAUUUAUUGCCAAUAUUUCCUUUUCCCAUAAGAAAAUACACUAAAAUAUAAUUUAUUUUCUCAAAGUAUUUUUAUAAGAGCUAUAUAAUUAACGAACUUAGAUUUAAAAAAAAAAGAAACAGAAGACCUAAUGACUCAGACGCUGAAGCAGCUUCCGUGGGAACUGGAGGAAAAUAUACUCUCUCGUCUUCCACCUCCAUCUCUCGUUCGACUCAGAACUGUAUGUCAAAGAUGGAACGCUCUUUUCAACGACAAGAGUUUCGUCAACGACCACUUCUCUCGCUCUCGUCCCGGGUUCCUCUUCCUCGGCAGUCCCAAAAACUAUUCGAUAGACAUCAUCAAUCCCAACAGCAAUGAUCCUACAACACAGUCGUGUGAGCUACCCUUAUCUGCUAUGCCUUACCAAGAUUUGCAUUACCGUUGCACAACCAUCAAGGCUUGCGAUGAGCUCUUGCUUUUUAACAAUAGGUAUUGGAACGGUCUUUCAGCUCUCUGGAAUCCGUGGUUGAGCCAGUUUAAACUGAUCAAGAAGGACGGUGCACAGUUUAAUUGUUGCGGCUUAGGAUACGAGAUUAUUGAUAGAACCAAUAAAGUUUACAAGAUUUUGGGUUACUUUGAUCCUGACCCUGAGGAAGAGUGCACGAGAGUUGCUAUCUACGAGUGUGCCUCUCACGUGUUUAAACAUAUAGACUUACCUGAACAUAAGUGGUUCAUGUCUGAAGGUGUACGAGAUACUGUGUCCUUGAAGGGAAAUCUCUACUGGUUUUCUCUUGAUGCCGAGACUGAUGAGUACUUCAUCCGAAGCUUUGAUUUCUCUGUUGGUACUUUCAAACCUUUUUGUCUCCUUCCGUGUCAAAAGGACGGCAAUUAUCGUGAUGAACUUCUUCUCCAGGUUUUUAAGGAAGAUCGUUUUUCGUUGUUAAAGCAAAAUUACUUAACAAGGAAGAUUGAGAUUUGGGUAACGAAUACGAUAGAUGAAGAGGAAGUGGUGUGGACAAAAAUGAUGAAUUUGCCAACAACUAACUUUCCGAGGCUGUUUGAACAGUUUUAUGGCAAGAGUUACUUCAUCUAUGAUAAGACUCUGUUUGUAUGUUGUUGCGAAAAUUCUACUUCUGUGCCUUGCAUCUACAUUGUCAGGGAAGAUCUGUGUAAGCAGAUUCAUAUAGAUUCUGGGAUUUUCCAGUGUUGUCACUGUGUUUACACUCCCAGUUUGUUCCCGGUUCCUUAAUUUAAAGAUACCAUUGAGUGGUUUUAGGAACCAAUGGAUUUGUUGGAAUUUCAAGUUGUUUUGAGUUGAUAAAUAGUUGAAUAGAAUAUAGCUUAAUUUAUACAGUUGAAUAUAGACUAAAACUAACUACAUAGAUUAAGCUAUAUUUGAAUAUGUAUCUUCUCCACAAGGCUAACGUGGAGAAGGAAAGGGUGCGGGGUAACACUCGUUUCAUUCUCUCUCUCUUGAAAACAUAAGAGCAUCAUUAACCAAAGCAUCCCUAAUAGCGUGCUUAAUCAGUUUUUUAUUUUUAACUGGAAUGUAUAGAAUACAUUCUGAAUGCUUAAUUCUUUUUUAUUCUAUAAAAUAUUUACCAGUUGCAAUGAAAAAAAGGAAUGACUAUUCCAUUUCAUUCUAUACUAUUUCUUUCCAUUCCAAAAAAAAUAUCAACAUUUUUUUGAAAAACUAUUUCACGUAAAAAUAGUUCUGGAACAAAUAGAAUACUAACUUUAUUCCAUUGAAUUCCACUAAUUAUUAUUUAUGUAAUUCCACUUCUUCCUUUUAUUAACAUCCAGUUACGGCCUAAGUAGGAUUUAACCAUUUCAUUAAGAAACUUGUAUAUUUUGAUCUUCCAAUGCAAAGUGCUUAUUAUGGGAUGCUUAAAAAAAUA